AUCUCAGUAUGCUUCGUGCUAGUCCUAGUAAUGGACAUACGGCCGGUACAGAGGAGGAGCAUUAUGAACACCCACUACAACCCGUGGGAAUUUAUGGCUGGAGAAAGCGCUGUCUUUAUGCCUUUGUCUUAUUCCUUAUGGUGUUGACAACUUUGAACUUAGCCUUAAUCAUUUGGAUCCUUCGUGUUCUUAAUUUUUCUGUGCAUGGAAUGGGAAAACUAAGAAUCACAGAGAAGGGGUUGAGAUUAGAGGGAGAAGCGGAGUUUUUAGACAGCUUGUACACAAACAGGGUCCAAUCAAUGCAGGACAAACCUCUGUAUAUUGACUCCAGUAAGGAUAUCAUACUAAGGGCUAGGGAUGGAAAGAAAAAUAUGUCAAGCACACUACUUGUUGGUGACAAAAAACUAGAGGCUCAAUGUGAGGAGUUUGAGAUCAAAGACAAGAAAGGUCAGACCAGGUUCAAGGUCGGGAACAAGGGCAUAACCAUGGAAAUGGAUGAAGUUUACUACACAGGGUCCAGUAGGGUGACUUUCAAUAGUUCAGUGGAAACUCCAAACAUCAGAGGGCCAAGAGCAGAACCUUUAAAGAUAGAGGCUCCAAGUACUUCCAUUUACAUGUAUGCUAAAGAUGAGAUACGGAUUACUGCACCAGCUGGAGACAUGGCAAUCAACAGUCUAAAGGAGAUCCAUAUCAGGUCAAAAGACAGCAUUAGUCUGGACUCGUCCAAGCUGUUUAUAAAGAAUCUGAAGGUCAGUACGAGUCCGGCCUCGGGCCAGCAGAUUGUUUAUCAGUUGUGUAUGUGUAGUACAGGACUCCUAUUCCUGGCCGAUGCUGAUAAACAGUGCCAAGGAACCAAAGAAAUCUGUUCAUAGACAGUUCCAACUUCAGACAGAUGAAAGUGAUCAAAAUUAUAUCAGGAACUAUUCAUUUCAAUUAUUGCUCAUACUGUAUGUGAAAAAAGAAAAGGACUGUUUGGGUUAGCAAACUGAUACAUGUAUCUACAUGUAUCUGCUGCUCGUUUUAUACCUGCUUAGUAGAUAAAGGGCAGCUUUAAUGCAACACUAUUUUUAUCUGUUAGUUUCUAAGCCAUAAAAAAUGAACCUCUUUAAGUUUGAAUUUUUUUUCUUCAAUUUUUUGUGAUGGAGAUUAAUUUUGUACAAUGAAGAUUGGCAAGGAGAGAAUUAUUGAAGCUUCAAGAUUUACAGUUACAUGUGCUCUGCCAAUAUAAAGUACUGCUUUGUUUGAUGUUCUCUUUCCUCUUCACCUAACUUGCAAUGACACGAUUAAGGUUUUUCAGACAAACAUCAAAGU